UACCUAUAUACCGGGAACGUGGCGGACUGUCUGUGCGUAGACCAUCCAUGUGGCCCCCGGAAGGCAAGCAUAAACAGCUGGUUUGGCGACUUCUCGUUUUGGGUUGUGUCGUGGGAACAAUUGUGCUGGUGAUCAACAGCUUCCGUUACACCGUAUAUAUGAGGAGGCCCAAAUACAAUUAUAAACUUCCCACUCGCGGUGGACACGCAGACAAGGUACACAGAGACGUAAGGGAUCCUCGAUCUUUUACUGGAACAUUCAAUCAAAUUCAGCCUGUGGACCCCAAAAAGAAGUACAUUGUAUGUGUGUGUAUUGGGUCAUAUAUUGGAGGACUGUCAGAUCGGUUGAAAGGAUUUGUAACAGGGUAUCUUCUGUCACAGAUGUUGGGGCGAGAGUUUGGUAUAGUGAUGGAAGCCCCAUGUAACCUUGCAGAAUUCUGGCAGCCCAAUAUGGUCAACUGGAGACUGGACGCUGGUCAAAUCAGGGCACGACCUCAGCAGAGGAUGAGGGUCAUUGACAACAAACAGUUUGCCCUCGACUUGCAAAACAAUGAUCUGAAUGAUAUAUUCAAAGCGAAUGUCGUAAACAUCACUAUCAACGUUAACUGUGUGGGAUAUUUGAUGAGGAACCCGUUGUUCAAAGCAUUAGAAUGGGCUAGAAACAAAACUGAAUACGACAUCUAUAAACAUAUUAUUGGGUUAUUGUUCCGACUAUCACCUUCUACUGCUGACAGACUUAAUGCACUACAGCACAGGAUAGGAGACAAGGUAUUAAUCUGCGCGCAUCUUCGUAUGGGCAAAAGCCAGACUAUGCCAAAUGAUGAAUAUAGGAAAACCAGGAAACCAAAACAAAGAAAAGUGCUUGCAUUUUUACAAAGUUGGAAUCAAUCGGACAUUUACAAAAUCUUCAUAGCCACUGAUUCGGAGAACGUUAGGAAAAGAUUUCAGAAGGCUUUUCCGGAAACAUAUGUUGAAAAUGAAGGGCCUAUUGUUCACAUCGACAGGUCUAAGAACUAUACGUGUGAGGGGUUAGAGAAAGUCAUUCUAGACCUACACGUGCUUUCCAUGUGCCGCGUGUUGGUCAUGUCUAUCAGUGGUCUAAGUCGUACAGCCGCCAUCCUCAGGGGUAGUGACGAACACGUGUAUAUAGCCUCACCCAUAAAUAUCAGCAUCACCGGAAGGCUUCCUCUAUGAGUGAGUUUUGUUUUACGCCGCACUCAGCUAUAUUCCAGCUAAUUGGUCUGUAAAUAAUUGA